UUUACGAGUAUUUACGCCCUCGCACCUCCACACAGAGAUCUCACUUUCACUCUCACUCCACCGCCUCCACUCCCAUUCCUCUCUUCUCUCCCCUUCAGCGUUUCGAUCUCUCCCUCGGAGAGAUGGCAGUAACUGAUGGAUCCCCAACCCCUCAGAUGGUUGGCAAUGCUUUUGUGGAGCAGUAUUACUCUAUACUGCAUCAAGAUCCAGACCAAGUUCACAGAUUUUACCAUGAGUCUAGUGUCCUAAGUCGACCUGAAGAAGAUGGAUCCAUGACCACAGUGACUACUACUGCAGAUAUUAAUAAAAAGAUACUUUCUCUGGAUUACACAAGCUUUAGGGUAGAGAUUCUGAGUGCUGAUGCUCAGCCUUCAUACAAGGAUGGGGUGAUGGUUGUAGUUACUGGCUGCUUGAUGGGAAGUGACAAUCUGAAAAGGAAGUUUAGCCAGUCCUUUUUCCUAGCUCCACAGGACAAAGGCUACUUUGUUUUGAAUGAUGUUUUCAGAUACAUUGAUGAGUAUAAGUCAAUUGAUAUUGAAUCUGUGCCUGCAAAUGAUGCUGAUGAAAGUUCUCCAACAGAUUCUUUUACCCCAGAGCCUGAGGCCAUUCAUGUUCCUGAAGACACUCCACCUAGUCAAACUGCCAUUGUUGAUGCUGACAAUACUGUCAGCAAAGAAGUGAGUCAGCCAGUGGAGAAUGGAAAAUUGUCAGUUACUGAAACAGUGGUUCCUGUUAAUCAUGUUAAAGAAUCCAAUCAUCAGGAACAUCACUCACACACUGAGAAAGCUGCUUCUAAUACACAGGAGGAUGCUCCCAAGAAGUCUUUUGCAUCCAUUGUUAAUGCACUGAAAGAUAAUGCUGCUCCUUUCCAUAUCAGGACUUCCCCUGUGAAAACUGUUGAACAACCCCGUGUUUCUAGCGUGCCUGUAUCAGAAGUGCCAGCUACUAGCACUGACAGUCCAACAGAAAAGAGUAAUGAGAAUGCAGGCAAGGCUUAUGCAAUAUUUGUUGCAAAUUUGCCUAUGAAUGCAACAGUAGAGCAGCUGGAACGAGUUUUCAAGAAAUUUGGGCCCAUUAAACCUGAUGGUAUUCAAGUUAGAAGUAAUAAGGUUAGUCUGUUACUAACAUUUCUGCAAUCUAGUGUACGGAACUUAUUUCAACAACUACAACUAUUGACACAAUACUUUGUUCUCCUUUCCAGCAACAGGGAUCUUGUUUUGGUUUUGUGGAAUUUGAAUCUGCUACUUCAAUGCAAAGUGCACUUGAGGCCUCUCCUCCGGUUACAUUGGACAAUCGAAGGCUUUCCAUUGAAGAAAGGCGAGCUAAUAAUGAUAGGGUCAGAUAUUCAUCGGGCAGGGGUGGAUUCCGAAAUGACAGAAAUGAUAACUUCAGGGGCCGUGGCAACUUUGGUGGUGGCCGUGGUGGCGGUGGUGGCUAUCCAAAUAGGAAUGAUUUUGAGAAGCGAAGUGAGUUCUCUGGCCGGCCUCGAGGAGGCAAUAAUGCUGGGCGUAGCAAUGGAGAAACUAUGCCAAGGAGUUUUCAGAAUGGAGGAAAAGUUGCUCGUCAACCAGUGAAAGUUCAGUGAAGUGCUUUAUUUUGUUGGGAAUUGAGUGACAACGGAGUUUUUUUUAUAGAUAGCGGCAUCUAGGGAUUUUGGGUUUGCAACUCGAUUAGAGUUUUUACUUUAUAUCUGUCAUGAUCCUUUCGCUUCAGAGUUUCGGUUAAAAUCAAAUGAUUCCCCAUACCAUCUUCUCCCAUCUCCCCCAUUUUUAAUUUUUUCCAAUUUUGUUACAUUUUGUAUCUAAUUUUCUUGAAUAAUUGUUUUGGAAUUGAUCACAAUUAUAUGCUAUUUUUUCUCCUUGAUUCGC